UCCCCCCCGGGGGCCAAACGAGGCGGCGCCGUCCCUGACCCAGCGGCGGGAGCGAGGGCUAGCAUGUAACGUCUUCAGCAACUGUAACAGCAGCUGUCAUUUCCUGAAUGAUGAGUCCACACCCACUUUGUCACACUGAGCACAUCACAGGCAUUUUCUCCAGCCAAGUCCUCAAGUGUUGGCCUGUAUCACAGUUUCAGUGAUGUGGGAGUUGAGGCUCCGAGGGGGCGAAUGAUUCGCUGCGUUAUAACAACAGGUUCAGAGAUGGGCAGUGAGAAGGAGCAGAGUCCCGAACGGCACCUGCCUGAGGAAGGGGAACGGGGUAGUAAGCCGCGGAGCGUGGAUGCCUCAGAGGGUUUUCGGAUCCCAGAUGGGGAGAAAGAGCACGGGCAAGAAAGCCUAUCAGAGAGGCCACAAGGGGACCGUCGGAAAGAGCCCUGGCGGAGAGUCACUGUCCCCGCCCGAGAGCCAGAUGUCCGCCCGGCUCCUCCGAGGCCAGAGGCCGACGAGAAGCCCUUUGUGUGUGCCCAGUGUGGCAAAACCUUCAGUAACACCUCCAACCUGAGAACACACCAGCGGAUCCACACUGGCGAGAAACCUUACAAGUGUUCUGAGUGUGGCAAGAGCUUCUCGAGAAGCUCCAACCGCAUCCGGCACGAGCGGAUCCACCUGGAGGAGAAGCACUACAAGUGCCCCAACUGCGAGGAGAGCUUCAGGCGGCACUCGGACCUCACCACGCACCAGCAGGACCACCUGGGCAGGCGGCCGUUCCGCUGCGACCUCUGCAGCAAGAGCUUCGGCCAGAGCUCGGCGCUGGCCGUGCACUACCGGACCCACCUGGAGCCCGCGCCCUACAUCUGCUGCGAGUGCGGGAAGAGCUUCAGCAACAGCUCCAGCUUUGGCGUGCACCACCGCACCCACACCGGCGAGAGGCCCUACGAGUGCGCCGAGUGCGGGCGGACCUUCAGCGACAUCUCCAACUUCGGGGCGCACCAGAGGACCCACAGGGGCGAGAGGCCCUACCGGUGCACACUGUGCGGGAAGCACUUCUCCCGCAGCUCCAAUCUCAUCCGCCACCAGAAAACGCACCGGGGAGAGCAGGCUGGGAAAGGUUCCGGCUGAAGGAGGGCGAGGAGAAGGAGAACGCAGGGUGCGAGACCCCACCCCGAGUAGGAAGAUCUUUAGGAUCUGCUGCUGCCCCCUUGACCUUAAGCCCCUCUGCCCACUUUGGAGGUUGGUUUUCUGUCGCCUCUGAAGCCGGGAUGUCCAGGAAGUCCUGAGAAGGGGCUCUGAGUGGGCACCCUGGCUCUCUCCCAGGCCAGUUUCUUGCUGUGGAAAGUCAGAGGUCCCCCUCUUGGCUGCUUCUCCGGGGGUGAAAGAAGUAGGGAAGGCUUAGUACCUGCUCAUCAUGAGAUGAGGAAGCUAGGGAAGCGCUUGUGGCGUGAGCCUCCCCGUCUGGAGGUUGUCUGUAUUGCAGGUGGACUGCCGAGGGCGGGCUGCAGUGGUCCACUAGGCCCCACCUCCUGUGCCCUGACUGGGGGGGGAGGAGCAGGGGAGGAAGGGGCCUCCUCGGUCGGGAGAAGUUUAGAAAGUUCCCUUUAGGAAUGAAAGGGAUCAAGGAGCCGUGUCCAGGGACCUUCACACUCCCCCGUGUUUGUGACUUGUCACCCCCACUCCAGCUUGCAUCUGUUUCCCCAGAGUGACUAGCAGUAAAACCCUUUAAUGAAAAGGACCCGUGCACUUAUUUGGGGGCAUCAAAGAAGUGGGGAGAUGGUUGUGUUGCAGCCCCUCUGCGAGAGAGUUGAAUGCCAAGAAAGAUGGAAUGGGUGGCUCUCUGAAAAGCAAAAGAUAAGCAGCUCACGGGCCUGUGAGGAGCAAGGGAAAGGGAAGGAAGUGAUACUGAGCAUCUCCUGUGUGCCCUGGAUUCUACAGGCCACGUUCACCGUCUCUAUGUCAUGUAGUUGUAGCAGCCCGCAAGGGAGUGAGAUGAGCUGAGUAAGGAAAGGUGGAGCUAGAGUUCAACCCUGGGCCUCCCUUGAGUCUGAGCUGAUGCUCUUUCACUGCACUCACCUCGGCUUCUGAAGGAGGAGCCUGGCACCAGUGAUUCCCUGGAAGUGGGAGCUAGUGUGGCCUCUUGCUAUGGCCCUGGACCCUUUGUUCUGUGGGACAUCAGUGCCAAGCAUGAGGACUUGGUGCACUUACUCUGUUGUUCAGCUUCUUUUACUUAUUCUGUGCCUAGAAAAAAGACAGUGACAGAGAAUAGAGGGGGAGGAGUGGGACUCGUUCCUGCAAUGAGAGUCCUUGCUUUUAGUAACAAUAGUUUAGUGCUCAAGGUUGGGACAGCUUGGUAGGGAUCCUGCCUGGCUUCUUACCCUUCUGAGGGCCUGGCUCCACAUGGCAGAUUUCAGUGUUUUCUGCAUGGAAGUUGAGUGUUCACUCAGAUUUCCUUCAACAAGUACGAAAGACCCUUCUCUUCCUCUUCUUGCCAGUGUGAGGUCCUCUUCCAGAGGGAGGGGCUCUCCUCACUUGUAGCCAGUUGGCAGAGUGUGAUUUUGGCACCACCAUGACCUGACCUAUCACAUGGGAUCCUGCCACCCACCCAGGGAGGGGUGUGUCAGGAGCUUUCCAGGCGUCCCAUCGAGUCUCACCACAACGCUGGGAAGAAUGACCCACACUUGACAGAUGGAGAGACAGGCUUACCUGGCUAGUCAGUGGCAGGGUCAGAAAUAGAACCUACUUCUGCCUAAACCCAAAGCCUGUAUUUUUUCCAACAGUAAAAAGACUUUCCAAGUGAUUCCCUGACAUGAGUUGGGUACUUUUCCGUUUCCGAACCACUUUUAUUUUGUAUACAUUUUCCUGCUCCUUGAAAAUUUCCGUACAAAAUACUUGAAACAUGGAGUCCCCCAGACUUGCGUGUACGAAUUGCUGCCUAGUAAUAAAAAUGGCGUCUAACACCGACUCAGUGCCAGUUGUUGUCCCACCUGCUAUUUCCAGUCUCCGCGACUAGCGUGCAGGGUCGUAGCAUCUCCAUUUUCAAGACGAGGAAAUUCUGAGGUUAGAGGACCUGACCUAACGGCGGAGCUGGGGUUCAAAUCAGGCGGGUCUGAUCCCAAGGCUGCUCUUUAUUAUGCUCCUGACCAGGCUAGGUCUGCGGGUCAGUCUGAGGCGCUUAGUGGCAGAGCCUUAGUGGCCAUUGCUGUGACCUUUGGGGAGUCUGUGCUGCCAGUGAGACCCAGAACCUGCUUUGAUUUUUGGACAUUACUUGCCGGCCAAUCUCACUUGUCCUUUCUGGACCAAGUUCUUCGGCUAGGUUUUCUGUGUUGGUCCAGGCUGAGUCCUAACUCGUCUGCUUAUUCACUCUUGGACAUGUGUGUGUGUGUGUGUGUGUGUGUGUCUGAGCUAAUUUUCUUCAUUUUCGCCUUGGCUCCCGUUCCCGCUUUCCCUUACCUUCUUCCUCCCUCCCUCCAUCUUACUCUCUUCCUUGUAGUUACUGGGAAUUCUGACAGUGAAGACGUGGCUCCUGUGUUCUCUCAUGGGGGGUGGCUGCUAGGUUUCAACAGCAGCUAAACUCAGAAGUGGGCUGGUAAACUCCUGGCAUGAGGACCACUCAUAGUCUCCCUGCCUCUGGACUGAAUUCCCCUAAAGCCCCUUCCCUCCCAUCAACCUUAUGGCCUACAUGCAAUUCGGUUUCCCCAAGAUUUAUUGAGCAGCUAUUGCUGUGUCAGGAAGCAGGGAAUUCUCCUUGCCUCACCUAAGGGAGUUUUAAUUGGAUGCCUGAGCGGGUCCAGAGCAGGGAGGGGAGGAUGUGUGUUGGCGGGAGAAGGGAAGAGCUGUGCACACAUAGUCUAAGUUCAGACCCUCUCUCUUCCCUCGGCCCUGGAGGCACUUGACCCCUGAACUCUCCCCCAUGAUAGGAAAGGUGCAAGGGACACCAGCAUAGCCAUAGACAGAGCCCAGCUUGUGUAUUGGAACAGGCAGCCCCUCUGGUCUCUUUCUGCUCUGCAUGUUCUGUGUUCCUUCUGCUACGAGAGUCCAGGUGAAAGGAGAGAGCCGCAUGCACACUGACACACAAGACCUGUUGCCUACUCACCCCUUGGAAUCAGGCAUUUCCAGAAUCUCUAGUCCACAGGGAACGUUAACCCAUUACUGUCUGGGUAGCCACUCCUCACCAGCUCAUCAUCACAGUACCGUCGUGCAGGCAAAUUAUGGGAUUGCUUUUGUCAGAACCUGGAAGAGAGCCCUGGAGCCAAUCCUACACGGGUCUGGGUAUGAGAAAAUGGUGAUGAUAACAGUAUUUACUACUUAAAUAUUUAUGUGUUUUUGAUUGAAGAAUAGUUGAUUUACGCCAUUGUAUGUAUACACCACAUCUUUAUCCGUUCGUUGAUGGACUUUUGGGUUGCUUCCAUACCUUAGCAAUUGUAAAUGCUGCUAUGAACAUUGGGUGUAUGAAUAUUUUUGAGUUAUAAUUUUCUCCAGAUGUAUGCUCCAGGAGUUGGAUUGCAAGGUGACAAAAACAGCUCUAUUUUUAGUUUUUAAAAGGAAACUCCAUGCUGUUUUCUAUAGUUUAUAUUUUGGAUAUUAACCCCUUAUUGGUCACAUCAUUUGCACAUAUUUUCUUCCAUUCUAUAGAUUGGUUUUCAUUUUGUUGAUGGUUUUCUUUGCUGUGCCAAAGCUUUAAGUUUAAUUAGGUCCAUUUGUUUAUUCUUGCUUUCAUUUCCUUUGUCUAAGGAGACAGAUCCAAAAAAAUAUUGCUCUGAUUUAUAUCACAGUGUGUCCUGCCUGUGUUUUCUUCUAGGAGUUUUAUGGUUUCUGGUCUUGUAUUUAGACCUUUAAUCCAUUUUGAAUUUUUUUCUUUUGUAUAUGGUGUGAGAAAAAUGUUCUAAUUCCUUCUUUCACAUGUAGCUGCUCUGUUUUCUCAGCACCACUUAUUGAAGAGACUUUUCCAUUUUAUAUUCUUGCCUCUUUCGUUAUCGAUUAAUUGACCAUAAGUACAUGCGUUUAUUUCUGAGUUCUGUGGUAUAGUAGUGUCUUUAAAAAUCCUAAUAAUAGCCUCAGAAGGAUAUGGGAAGAUACUACCUCCAAAGAACAGGGUGCUAGUGGAAAGAAACCAAUUGGAAAAUUGGAAAUAGCUUUUGGAUAUGAUAACUAAAAUAAGAUAUUCCAAGAAAAACACUUAGACGAUAAUAUCAGGAAAAGCCCCCAAAAUAUAGAGCAAAAAUACAGAAAUAGGGAAAGGAGAAAUAAAGGAUACAGAAGGGUCACCUUCUUAUUAUAAAGACUGCUGAUUGUCUUCCAAAAUCUGUUCACCCAUUUUAUUGGGGGCUCUUAACCAACAUUUCCCAGUCUCCUUUGCAGAUAGGUAUAAUCAUAUAAUUUAAAUUCUUGCCAGUGGAAAACAAGCAGAAAUGGUAUAUGACAUUGCUGGGCCUAGACCUCAGGAAAGCAGUUAUUCCUUCAAAUAAUUUUUUUUCCCCCUUUCAACAGCUGUAACAUGUAGGAGCCCAGCUUUGAGGGUUGCAGACUUUACAAUGUCUUAGUGUAGACUUGCCAGAUAAAACACAGGAUACCCAGUUAAAAUUGAAUUUCAGAUAAACAAUUAAUCAUUUUUGUAUAAGUUUGUCCCAGAUUUUGCAUCUUAGUGGAUGGCAGAGCAACAGGAUGAAAAGAACUGAGUUCUUGAAUUGAGCAUGUAGCAACACGACCCCAUUCACUUGGCUGCAUAUUUCACAACUGUUAGUGAGAUCUUGAGAAACAUACUUUUUUUUAAUACUUCAAACCACGGUGUUGUUUGGUCUCUUUUUACAGCACCCCACCUUUCACCCUAAUAAUUAGAUGUGAGUUUCUGCCAUAAGACUGGCUCAUCUUACCACAUAUGGUGUUCUGCUGUUGCCAGUGGUCAUUUUACCUCCAUAUUUUAACAUCUCUAAAAUGGAAAUUUGUCCAAUAAUUGAUGCUAUUUUAGGAAAAUAAAAUAUUACAAGAAAGGAAUAAAGCAGAAAUCUCAGCAAGAGAAUGCAAUAGGAAGGACCAGCCUUCAGUUUUCAACAGAGACACUGACUUAGCAACAAUAUAUGGACCAAAAAUGCCUUAUGAGAACUGCAGAAACCUACGAGCCGGCACAGCUGAACUUGGGUUGUUCUUCUGGGAGUGGGAAGAAUAGUGGAAUAUGCAUUGAGUGUUCUGGGUUUUAGAGGUCUGCCUGAGGGCUGGUUUCUGUCUUACCUGAUUUGGGAUACCAGUAGGAAGCCAAAACACUUGAGGUGCCACUGAGCACAACAUACUUUUGGAUGCUGCUGAAUGAGGUUUGCUUGAGGCUGUAGCACCAGAGAACUUGCAGUACUACAGACAGACACUGGAGGGAGCAAGAGAUUAUGAAAAGGAAACCUGAAAAAAAAACCCAGCAAACCUUUCUAAUGGAAAAUUAGUUGCACAAGCUCUGAGAAGUUGCAAACACCAAAAUGUGUUCAGAAGUCCCCAGAAUCUCUAGUCAGGUUAAUUAUAAAUGCCUUCCCCUGCCCAAAGCCAGUACAUAAAAAAAAAAAAAAAAACAGGAAAA